AAGGCCUUGUCGCGACCAUGCUAUUGUCUCCUCAGACGACCUGCUUCAUGAAUGCUCGCCAACUCCGCACGCACCUGAGUACUCUCCACGAACAUCGCAGACUCAGUGUCGCCGACGUCUACCAAUCAGCACAGACUUCACAAGUUGAUCCUCAGGUGGCUACGCGCCCAUGUCUGCCCCUACCAUCUCUGCCGCACAGGCUGUGGGCGAGUACCUCCAGUUUCCCGAUGACCUCGCCAAGAUUACUGCCUUCCGCAAGAAGCUAGAGAAGGAGAAGGCUUCCAUCGACGCUAGGUUGAAGAGCGGUGUGAAGGAGCAGUUGGACGCUACCCGGGAUGGACUCCGGAAGGUCUUCGGCACUCGCAAUAACGUGCAGACCGUCAAGGAUGAGCUGGAGACGGUGGACAGGCUUUGCAGUGAUCCUCAGAACCAGAUCGCUACGUUUGAUCAGAUCAGCAGAGUGUCCAUAGUCCACCGUAACUUCGAGCGGGUGGAGGAGAUGGUGAACAACCUCAUUGACAUGAACACACAUCUCGACAUGCUCGAGGACAUGCUCACGGCGGAUAGCCAGGACAUCCUGGGGCCCGCACCCAACCUGCUCCGCGCCCAUUACCAAAUCAGACGGCUGGAGUCCUUCCGGAACGAGACCAUGCACAUGGCGAAGAAGAGCAGCGCGGACGUGCGCAAUACCCUUCGGAAACAGUUCGAACGCCUCGAUGGUCUCAUCGAAGGGUUCGAGCAGUAUAUCCUCGCGCUGGCGCGGAAUAUCCUCAUCAUCUGCAUGGAGGGUAACGCGGAGACGGUAGUGAAGCUGGUUAAGAUUGCAGAGAUUGAGGGGCACGAAGACCAGAAGGCCAUAGCCAUCAAACUCGUCAAGAAAGCUGCCAAGAUGGACGCAGCGGCGAAGUUCAGGUCUAUGCAGGCGGACGCUCGUGUCAUCAAGCACUACACGUCCAAGAUCCGGAAAUGCAUAACCGAGUCCAUCCAGAGCACAUUCGACGAAGCGUUCACCAGCAACGGCAGCAACCCCGCCGCGUUCUUGGAGAACCUCGACUGGCUGUACCAGGACCUCAUCCACGUCGAGACCGAUGUUGUCCCCUGUUUCCCUCAGUCAUGGGAUAUCUUUACCCACUACGUUAAGGAGUAUCACAAGGCUCUGGACGCGAUGCUCAAGAAAAUCGUAGCUUCUGAGCCAGAGGCCAGUGCCCUCCUCGCCAUAAACUCGACCAUCAAGGACUACAAGAAGAAGAUGAGGGAGCUCGAGAUUCCAUCCGAGCUGCUCGUCCCUCCGCUCCUCGAUGGGAAGGAGCAAGAUCUCAUUGAGGACUACCUCAAGCUCAUCAUCCGAAAGCUCGAGGAGUGGACGGAAAACUUGAUGAAGACCGAGAUCGCUUCAUUCACUCAGCGAGAGGAGCCGCCGGAAACGAACAGCGACGGGCUGUAUGGCACGCAGGGCGCGGUCAUUCUCUUCCAGAUGGUGAACCAGCAAGUGGACCUCGCGAUGGAGAGCGGGCAGGGCCUCAUCCUCGCGCGUACGGUCGAGGAGAUCAACCGCGUCAUGCGGGGCGUGCAGACGCGCUGGCUCAAGCUCAUCGACACCGAGUUCAAGAAGUUCGUCGAGAAGCCGGAGGAGGUGCCGGGCGGGCUCGUCGAAUAUUGCAUCGCGCUCGCGAACGACCAGCUCAAGUCCGCCGACUCUACGGAGACGCUCUCCGCACGCAUCGAGCCCCUCGUCUCGGACAAGUACCGACUGCCGAUCCACGACCACCUGAACGACGCGAUUGACGGCUUCCUCGACGUCGCGAAGAAAUGUCAGCAGACGCUCAUCGACCUCAUUCUUAACGACCUCAAGCCUGCGAUCAAACAGCUUUUUCAGCCGUCGUGGUACGACGGGAUCACGGCGCAGAUCGUCGAGACUAUCCGCGACUACAUGUUCGACUACAACACGUACCUCAACCAGACCCUCGUCGAGCUCCUCACCGAGGACCUCAUCGACACGUUCUUGGUCGCGUAUCUCAACGCCCUCGCCAACGCACCUAAAAUGAAGUUCCCCCAAGCUCUGACCCGGAUGCGGACCGACAUUGAUGAUCUUUACAAGCUGUUCGGCCAGUACAAGAAACUCGACGAGCUCGAGCCCCGCAUGCAGGUCCUCGACAUGGUGCUUUCGAUGCUCGAAGCGUCGCAAAGUCUCGUGUUCCUGUCGUACUACUCAUUUGCAAAGGUGUAUGGGCCCAAUAUCGCGUUCGUCGAGAACUUGCUUAAGGCCAGAGGGGACCUAGAUCGCUCGGGAGUCAGCGAGGUGAUGGAGAGUAUCAAGCGGAAAGUGCAGGAAGAGAAUCUGACAGAUCCGGCGGAGCCGACGAUCAUGAAGAAAGUCACGGUCCAGGGAGCGCUCUCUCGUCUGCUCAACAGGAGCUGAAUCACGUCACGGAAGGAUUGUACAAUAGCAGCAUUUCUCUACAUAGAUACCUCUACAUCUCUUGUGCCUCGUACAUUCUUCUAUCAUUAUUGCUUCUCGACUCGGUGCUCCAAUACAUCUCUCAAUCCGUCUUCGCCUUCAACUGAGACUUGUCC